UUGUGACAGAUUCCUGUACACAAUCUGAAACUUUUCAGGAUGUCGACACACCUUUUCACCGCAGUAUAAAAAUCAGUACAGGCCUUUGGUCGAACAGUUGCGAUUGAGACAAUCCUACUGAGAAGAUGUUGCUGCGACACCGAACCGUCGUCUUCUUUCUGUUAGUGGUGCUCUCUGUCUGCGAGGGUGUGACGUUUGGCCCCAUCUGCAGAGGAAACCCAUCCAACACAAGAAGAGGAUAUGACAGUUGGGGUGCAGGCAACUAUGGAGCCAAACGGGGGACCAGAGUCCAUAAGGGUCUGGAUAUUGAGUGUGCCGACGGUUCUGAAGUGAUAGCACCCUUUGAUGUGACUCUGGCAGGCAGGCUUACAGUCUACAGUAAUCCGUCUCAGGAGCAGACCCGUAUCAACAUGGGCAUCAAUCUGAGAGGACAAGGUCUCUGCUUCAAAUUUUUCUACGUGAGACCUGACCGGGAUUCUGGAACCGUGAGAAAGGGAGAGCGAAUCGGAACCAUGCUACCAAUGCAGUCUACAUAUCCUGGGAUAACCUCUCAUGUCCAUGUCCAAAUGUGUGACACGAGUGACCCAACACCCCACUUUUGAUCGAAGCAGUUGAACUUGAUUCAUCGAACAGUGGAAUCUAAAUAAAAAAGUAUUCUAGCAACCAAAAGCACCCAGCAGAAAUAAUAACCAUAGUUAUAUUACAACUACUUCUACUAAUAGAACGGUUUAAUUCCAUGAACUAAUUUCUGCAUUGCCAAUUAAAUUAUAAUAAUAAUAAUAAAUCAUGUUUCUUGGGAGUUGCCUGCUGAUUACGACGAUUGAUGUCCAGUUUAUGUCAUUCAGGAACUUCAUUGCAUCUUCUUAAAUCCUGUCUCGUAAUUCUGACUUGCAGUGGUGAGAGCUCCUUCUUUGUUAUGAGUUAUUUUGGCACCUUCCUCAUUGUGGGUGAACUACUUAAAUGAGACCAACUGUUCCUUUGUUUUCAACAAUUGAUGCUACAGUGAAUGUACUGAAACCAAUGCGCAGAAAUCAAAUAAAGAUAUCAUGAAUCAAAUAAA